AUGCAAGCAGGCGGAGGACACAGCGCGGCGGUGGUGACGGCGCUGGAGGAGGUGAGGGAGGUGUGGGAGUGGAAUAUGAGGACGGAGCUGCCCCGGAUACUGGAAGCGUUCGACUCGGCCACCUGCGCGGCGCUGGACACUGAGUUCCCCGGGUUCCUCCACCAGACCCGGCCGUUCGCGUCCCCCCGCGAGCGCUACUAAGACGUCAGGCACAAUCUCCACAAUCUGAAGCUCAUCCAGCUCGGGCUCUCCUUCUUCAGCGACGGCGGGCGGCGCCGGACCUGGCAGAUAAGCUUCCGCGACUUCGACGUUGCCUCUGCGUCGGAUGCGCCAUCGGAGGCCUCGGUGGAGCUGCUGAAAAGGAGCGACGUGGAUUUGGGCAGGACCCGAAGAGAGGGGGUCCACUCGGAGGUCCUCUCCGACUGCGGCGAUGCCCCGGUGGGUGACGUUCCAGGGGCUUUACGACGUGGCGUACAUGGUGAAGCUCCUCACCGGGCCGCCGUUACCGCCGACGCUCCCCGGUUUGUCCAGCUGGUAGGGGCGACACUCGGCAGGGUCGUCGACGUCAAGUACCUCGCCAGGGUAUGUGGAGGGUUCUACCUCGGCCUGGCCCGGCUCGCCGAGACUGUCGGCGUGAAGCUGGAGGGCUGCGCGGCGCACAAAGCCGGCGUGGACGCCCUGCUCACGGAGUCCGUCUUCGAGGUUCAAAUUGAGCGACUAUGCGGGCGCGAGGAAGAACUGGAGGGCAUCCUCCACGCGAUCGAGGAGGAGAGGAUCCUAGCCGUCAUCGGAGGAAACAGAGCAGGAGGAGGAGCUUCUCCUGAUAUGCCCUCUCCACCCGUCGUCUACCCUGUUCCUGACUCCUGCUAUAGUGUUCCCCCCCGAUGUUAACCGGGAUGACGCUCCACUGCAUGGAUUCUAUGUCCUCGAAUAAAGAUUUUCUUUUGAAGAAUGUGUUCAAGUAAAUCGUUCCCAAGAUCUCCGAUUUCAAUCCAAGUAUAGUCGAUCGAUGCUCAAAUGCAGUUCUGGAGACCCCGUUCUUAGCUCUGUUUUUCUUAAAAACUAA